CAACAAACUGUUUGACAGACGUCGCUGACAGUGGUAGGCCUGGAUUAAUAGCUAUGCUGAAAUGACGAGAAACAUCACUGAUCUCCCACCAGAAAUUCUGGUCAAAGUAUUUUCCUUUCUUCCUGGUAAAACUCUAGGAAACGUAUGUAAGACUUGUACAUGUUUCAGGGAGGCUACCAACAUCGAUUCCAUCUGGCAGACGAGAUGUGCCUCAGAAUAUAAUUUUACACAGCUGGAAGGUUGGAACAGUUCAUAUCAAGAUGUAUACAAAAAAAUAUUAUUUAAGUAUGGUUCCCUUAGAGGACUUUAUCAACGAGAAUUCAAACCCUAUGGUGGAUUGGCCCACAUCAAAUUUGACACGGGCCAGAUUAUAGUUCGUGAAUAUUUUGCUCCUGAUAAUCCUCACAUCAAGCGUCCUCUGAGGGAACAGAAACUCUUCAGUAUAUCCAUCAACAAAAAAAGAGAAGCGGAAGUUUUGUGUCUGAAGGGAUACAAAGGUCCACACACCUGCAAAUUAACACAGAAAAGUGGAAAGUUGAAAUUCAAAUGCCAAUACACUGCAUACCAUCGUCAUCCUAAAGGAAAAGAAAAGGAGUUAGAAGAAUGGCUGGUUUCAAAACAAGAAGAUUUCUCCGAUUUGUCUGUUAUGAAAUUUGAAGAAUAUUACCUCAGAACUGGGAAAUACAAGUUUGAACGGAUGGAACUACCUCUUCCUCUGACCAAUGUACCUGUACAACCAGGGCUGUUUAAAGGUCAUUAUGGAGCGCAUGGAAUAGAAAUCAUGCACCUUAGUUAUGACAGGGAAUUGAAAAAUAUCCAUGUCUUAAAAGUAACCGGUGAUGUCAACGUCCCCGCACUGAACAUCAGUCUCUAUGUCGAUCUUCAACGCCCAAUGAUACUCAACCUGGAGCAGCAGGAGUCAAUGCACAUGCUCCGAGAAAUUGACACUCCAGAUAUCCCUGAAGAUAACGGACCACGAUUUGAACCCAGAAUUCAGCCAUUCAUGAUUCCUGCUUCUUGUUUCAACCGCGUAGAUCGUGUACCCCAGUGUUGUAAAUACAGGUUCCAUGGACAGGGACGUAUAGCGGGACAUGGUUACCACAAUCCUAGUCUCACCCCGGGUCAUUUUAUCGUGUUUGAUAACGACACGCUGGGAUUUAUGUGGAUGGAACUACUGUCGUUUAGCAUGUAUUCUAGGGUCACAGAGACGUUUGACUGACAUCAUUAGAUUGACAACUAUUUCAAUCUCAGACAUUCGAUAGUUAAGAUUGAUUUAUGUUGUACCGAACACUAGAACUCUCACUGCCACCAGAACUAUAAUUUACUGGUAGUUUGGGAAUAAUUCUUGCCAUUUAAAUCAGGGCAUAUUAGCAAAUUCAUUUCACAUAAUUAUAUAGGUCAUUGUUUAAUAUUUUCUUUGCAAUGCAUAUCAUUAUUGAAAUACUAUUUGAUCAUUAGCAAAUUCAAGAGUAUCUAAAACAAGGAUUAAACUAUGAUGAAAUAUGAGUAGCAGAUUAUUAGCUUUGCAUGGCUUUCCCCCCCAUAAACCAUGCUACAAUUGCUGUGUGUAUGAUCCUUCUAGAGUUGGUAUAAAUAGGGAAUAUUGAAUAAGCUAGGCUAGUUUUGGAGGACUAGAUUAAAAUUUGGUGAAAAUGACACCCAUGGUGUUCAUUACCCUCCGAAAAUGUGCUGUACACACUAGAGAAGGUCCAAUUACACAAUUUAUCAGGUCCCUGUGGGGACUAUGAUAAAAUUUAUUUGGAUGUAAUUAAUUCUUUCUUUACUUUUAAUUUUAAAGAUGAAAAAAAGAACCCAAGCUUUUGAAGGGUGGUAAUAGCAUAAAGUAUGUAACUUUUGGUAUCCUAUAAAGUAUUCAGAAGCCUAUUUUUGUUUUUAAUCGAUCAUAAUGACUUUUUGUUGAAUAUAUGUAGCACCUUUAAGGGUUUGAUACAUACUGUAUUUGUUAGGCGUGGCAGUAACCAAAGUGGAAUUUUAUGAUUCUGUUCCAAGAGAAAAUUUCUGUGCCAGUAUAACUACUGUUAUUUUCUGUAUAUUACCCACUGGGGGAUAGUUUACAGGAAGCAAAAAAAAAAAGACUCCACAUAUUUUAUAUUAGUUUACAUAACGUAGAACAUUUUAUACUCAGAGCAUUAAAAUUGUGAAUACCAUCUCUUGGAUUUCUUUAACAGAAUUGCGACCGUUUAUGAAUUCAUUUUCUCUACUUUCCUGUUAUAGCCUUGAAGAAGCUUAGGUUGUUCAAGUGAUAAACCUAUAAUGUUAAACCCAUAAAAUAAUUCCUAGGUCUCUACCAUAUUUACAUAUUGUUGUCGUGGGAUAUUGAUUUCCAUUUAUCUUCAUUCCAUAUCACUCUACAUUUUCUAGCAAUGUACAUUAUAUACAUAUUUCAUACUGGGUAUAUAUGCAUUCAAAAACGCAACAUUUUGUCUCGCAUCGUGUGAGGGAGGUCUUCGUGAGAGAAGUCUUUCAAUAUCGUGAUCCAGUCUCCCGCUGAGGACGUGAGCGGUGGAAACUCUGCCAUUGUAAUUAAUAUUCCAGGGCUUGUUGAUGUUGCCUAUAUUUGCAUCAAUAGCAACAUUCUGAUGGCAUUCAUUAUCAUAUAUGAGUGCCAUGAUUAACAUUGACAUCCUGCAGUGUCUUAUAGUGCUGACACUGUGAAUAAUGGCUUCUGAUUAUGAAACGAUUAUAUGUGAGGCAUGGAAUUAAACUGAUACAACAUUUGGUUACUAGAAAAUGAAUUCAAUAAGAUUUUCCAUGAAAUCAAAUUAUUUAGAAUAUCAAAAAUUUAUAUGAUAUAAUAAUUGAUAUGUCACUUCAUGUUGUAUUUGGUUCAUGUUGAGUUUGCCUUUGUCCACUUGGCAUUCAGUUUGAUUAUGAUGAAUGUCGCCUUUAAUCAUAUGAAUACAUUUAUUUACAUUCAUUGAUCCCAGUGAAAUUGUUACAUUUAUUUAUAGAUUAUUCACAUACAGCUCAUGCACAAUAUAUACAUUGUAUCUAUGUAAUGUAAAAAUAUCAAGUUUAAUGUGUACCCUGAAUGAUUUUUAUUGCACCCAUUAAAUAUGAUGAGAUUAUAAUGGUAUGCCGUCAUAUUUUUUCAACGAAUCUUUUUGAAAGUUUGUAUACAUUAUAAUCAUGAUAUUUUUCCCCCUAGAUAUGAUUUUGAAUCUUCUUUGCAAAAUUUAUUGCCAUUUAUUUAUUUUAGUGUUUGAUUUUUGUCCAGAGAUCUCCUACAUUUUUAAACUGAUUUCUUUGAAAUUUGUAAGGCUUUGUAAUCAUGAUAUAAAGUGAUGUUUAAUAAGUUGAAGACUACUUUUGUAACUCCUGUUUACUGGUACAAAUGUGUUCCUAAAAUUGUUUGAAAAUUGAACGUUAGUAGAAGAUAAGGGUUAAACUAUGCCACCUAUAACCACUCAUGAGAUAAUGAAAAUCUUAAUUCAAUACCAGAUACAUAUUGUAUGUAUCUGUUUAUAUGGCAUAUGACAGGUGUAUAUUGUUUCGCCCCACACACUCUUGUUCAAUUAGUUCACUUUGACAUUAGAAAUUAUUGAAAACUGCAUCUAGAACCAUCUGUUACAUUUGUUUAUAUACCAUACUUAUGAUGUCACAGUUAGAUAGGUCACUAAUAUACCAUACUAAUGAUAUCACAGUAAGAUAGGUCACAAUCUAGGAUGAAUGGCAUCAAGUACAGUUGUGCAUUCCACAAAAUUGCACAUACGUUGGAAACUUUACAAUAUUUUCUCUUGAAAAUGAUACAAUUUGUUCACAUAAUUUCUUCAUAAUAUUUAAUUUUACAACUUUAUCUAACAAUAAAUCAUCGUAACAAAAAACAUUCAGGGUACACUUAAUAUAUAAUUUAUUACAUUAUAAGGUGAUGUAGUGUCUUUACCACUCACUGUAUAAUCAAUACUAUUUAUAUUCCUUGUAGUACUGUCAUAUUUAUUUUGCAUAAUUCUUUUGGAGUUUGUUAUGAAUUUUGAUGUUUUACAUGAAUUCACAAAUUGAUCAGAUUUAUUUUCUUAUCAUUGUCUUAAGAAAGUGCUCUAUUUUGUAUGUUUUUCAUUGAUUUUUACAAAAUAAAAGAAUUUUUUCAAAUUUAAGUGCUAAAAAUUGCAGGACAAUUAAUGAUAGUGUAAAAGUUAUUUUCCCUGUACAUUUUUAUAAUAAUUUAUAAUAAUUAAAUUAUUAAAUUUAGUUGAAGACCGUGAUAACAAUAAAAUAUGAUUUAAAGGGAAAUAACUCUUCCAUUCCUCGAGGUUGAUAAUGAAGUCUAGGGUGGAAUGAAGGUCAUACGAAAGUCAUUUGAAGGAUAUGUCUUUUAUAUAAAGACUUUUAUACUGCGUUUGUUAAUUUUUUAUGAUAAGUUUUACACUGUUUAGGGUUUUUUUCAUUUGAUGGAGAUGUUUUAAGCUGUUCAGAACCUUCGUUUGGAACACUUACGAUAGUAAAGUAAGUAUUUUUGAAAAUGAUCGAUGCUUUCUUGUAAAUGAAACAUGAAGUAUCUUGUGAUAUGAUUCUCUGUGAUCUGUGUGGUGGUCGUAUGACUGAUUUAAGAAUUAAGAUGAAUUAUUUGAAUGAUUUAAACAGUUUUGUAAUUAAAUUCUACUUUACUUCAGAAGAUUUUUUUUCUGCAUUGGAGAAACUGUUUUCUCAGUUUUGAGAUUGAUGCUUAUAAACAUCGCCAGUACAUUGAUAAGA